AUGUCGAAAAAAUCGAAAGGAGGGUUCUAUGCUGUCCGCAGAGGAAGGGUUCCUGGGAUAUACCUGACGUGGCCUGAGUGUGAAGCACAGGUCAAAGGUUUUCCAGAUGCGAAGUUCAAGAAGUUCCAACAGCGAGGCUUGGCACAAGACUUCGUGGACGGGGCGGAACCGGCCUACAAAUCUGAACCGUCGACUAGCCAACACAGAGUCGAAGAAAAGGGGGUGGAGCCGGUAUAUGUGAGCCAGCCAUCGACUAGUCAACACAGCAUCGAAGAGAAGGAAGCGGAAUCGGUAUACGUAAGCCAGCCUUCGAUGAGCCAGCCCGACGCCAAAGGGAAGAAGCGUGCCUUCAAUGAAGUGGACGAUGAAACGGCUUGUAACAUCGUAUAUGCUGACGGUGCAUGCAAAGGGAAUGGAACCACUUACUGUGUAGCUGGCGUCGGUGUUUGGUGGGGAUUUGACGACCCACGAAACAUUGCCGAACGAUGUCCAGGAGUCCAAACGAACAACAGAGCGGAGUUGAUUGCGAUUCUCCGGGUACUAGAAACUACUCUCGUUAGCAAGAGACCAUUGCUCAUUAAGACGGAUUCAAAAUACUCUAUCGACUGUUUGCAACAUUGGAUAGACGGCUGGGUUGCUAACGACUGGCGGGAUGCACGAGGUCACCCUGUUAAAAACGCAAGCAUCAUACGAUGUAUCGCUAAGCACCUAGAAAUACGCUCCAGAAGUGGUCAGAAAGUCUCAUUACUGCAUGUCCGAGGCCACAGCGGCGACAUUGGCAACGAGGGCGCCGACGCGAUGGCAAACCAGGGUGUACGUCUUCCUGCUGUCCCAGAACGAGACUGGGAAUCUCUGCUUGAGGAACUCGAUCACCGGCUCAGUCAGGCCAGUUUGAGGAACGAAACGAAUAUGGUGCUGGUGGAGAUCCUCAGCGCUUACAGCGUUGUCAUGCCUCGUACUGCUGAGGUGCCGACCAAGACGCAAAAACUGAGUCAUGAUCCGGACCCGACACCUCCCUCCAGUCCUAUGUCUAUAGCAAGUUCCCAAGCGAUGACCGAUAAAGCAGAGUCAGCGUCUAGCACAAGCACUGUCAUCGUCCCUGCUCGUGGCUCAGUUCAGGCUGAAGCGGUGAACGUGGAUGAUUACGCUGACUGUGUCCUCGAUGAUGUCGACCUUGCAGCUGAACUGUCAGAAGGUUGA